AUGAGAAGUCCAGCAGGAUGGAGCCCGCAGAGAGGAGCUGGAGAGGACUCUUCCCACUAGCACCUACUCUGUUUGUAGCUACGUUAGCUCUGUCAUUAAGUUAGUUGGCCAGCCGUGUUGUUACAUCCCGCUGUACGCACAAAAGCAGUGGAGGGCUGUCAUUUUCCCUACGUCAAAGUCGAGUAGAGCAGUCGGUGAACUACGCAGCAUUUCGUGUGGAUGAUAGCAGUGGAGAUGUGUAAUAAGCUGCACUGGACACUUAAGGACCUACCUGGCUGCCAGUCCAUCAACUGACAGCUGUCACCGCAGCUAGCUCCUUAGCUAGCUGGCUAAGUGAGCCAUCGGCUAACAAGUGUUUUUUUUCGGGCUCAUAGCCUGGCAAAUUUAGCCAGCCAUCGCUGCUUUCGGUUCAGAGUGGAAAGAAGUGACCUCCUCAUAAACGUUUUACUUUAUUAUUUUUACAAGAAUAUUUGACACCGCCUGCUGUUCAAGCCAUGAGUUAGCCAAGGAGCGUCGGGCAGCAGUGUUUGAAAUAUUUUGAGGUCUAGCUAGUUAGCUAGCAUUUCGCUCUAAGCUAGCUAACUACAUUCAUUCAAUUAUUGAAAAACUGCUAAAGCGUUAACACCACCACCCUAGCGACCAGGGACUGGGCACCUCCAAUCGUAGUCUUUGUUAGGAGUAUUAUAUGUUAUAUGUUAUACAUUUUUGACUUGACCGUGCCGUGAAUAACAUCUGGGAGAAAUGAAGAAAUUUUUUGAUUCUCGUCGGGAGUUGGUGAGCUCUGGGCCUGGUUCUGGAGCCGGUGGAGGAGGCGCUGGGUCCGGUGGCGGUGGCAGCUUCAUCGGACGGGUCUUUACCAUUGGACGAUAUCAAGUGACCGUCGAGGAAAUUGUCGCAGAAGGAGGAUUUGCCAUAGUUUUCUUGGUGCGGACUCAUCAAGGCCUACGUUGUGCACUGAAAAGGAUGUAUGUCAACAAUGAACAUGAUCUGCAAGUCUGCAAACUUGAGAUACAGAUUAUGAGGGACCUAGUGGGCAACAAAAACAUAGUUGGUUUCCUGGACUCAAGCAUAGCUGCAGUUGGAGCUGGCGACGUGUGGGAAGUCCUAAUUUUGAUGGACUUCUGUCGAGGUGGGCAGGUGGUUAACCUAAUGAACCAGCGGUUACAGACGGGCUUCACUGAAACCGAGGUGUUACAGAUCUUUUGUGACACAUGUGAGGCGGUCGCUCGUCUCCACCAGUGCAAAGCUCCAAUUAUCCAUCGAGAUCUCAAGGUGGAAAAUAUUCUUCUGCACGACCGGGGGCAUUACGUGCUCUGUGACUUCGGAAGUGCCACCAACUGCUUCCAAAAUCCUCAGACAGAGGGGGUGCCAGUUGUGGAGGAGGAAAUCAAAAAGUACACUACUCUGUCAUACCGUGCUCCAGAGAUGGUCAACCUCUAUGGUGGAAAGGUCAUCACAACAAAAGCAGACAUUUGGGCCAUGGGUUGUCUACUCUAUAAGCUGUGCUACUUCACACUUCCUUUUGGGGAGAGCCAAGUGGCUAUCUGUGAUGGCAGCUUCACUAUCCCAGACAACUCCCGCUACUCCCAGGACAUGCACUGUCUCAUUAGAUACAUGCUGGAACCUGACCCAGAUAAGAGACCGGACAUCUACCAAGUAUCCUACUUUGCCUUUAAACUGGCUCGACGAGAGUGUCCAGUCCCAAAUGUAAAUAAUUCACCCAUUCCUGCAAAACUACCUGAGCCUAUCAGAGCCAGUGAAGCAAUGGCCAAAAAGAGUCAAACCAAAGCCAGGCUUACAGACCCCAUUCCUACCACGGAAACCUCAAUUGCACCCCGACAACGGCCUAAGGCUGGCCAGGCUCAGCCCCAGCCAAUAUCAGGCAUUCUUCCCAUCCAGCCAGCUCUCACGCCACGCAAGAGACCCAAUGUGGCCGCUGGAGCGCCCCAGGCCAUAGGUGUUGGUAUCAGUGUCCCACCUACAGCUGUAGCUGCUGUCCAAACUUCUCAACAGGCCCCUGCUGUACAGGCUGCACCACAGCCAGCCCAGGCGGCCAACAUGCAGCCACAGGCUACACCACAGCAUCACCAGCUCUUCACGAAGCAGCAGCAGGCCUCAGCCUUCUUAAGCCCACAGAGUAACCAGCAGGCAGCUGGCCGAGGGAUUCACAAAGUCGGCUCCUUGACGCCCCCCUCGUCGCCAAAGAUGGCCCCUAAGAGUGGCCACAGACGCAUCCUGAGCGAUGUCACCCACAGUGCCGUGUUUGGGGUUCCAGUCAGCAAGUCCACCCAACUACUUCAGGCGGCCGCAGCUGAGGCCGGCCUCAACAAGUCCAAAUCAGCCAGCACUACUCCUUCUGGCUCCCCCUGCUCGUCCCAGCAGAGUGUGUAUCAUCCAGGUGAUGGUGACGCCCCAUCAUCCCUCACUGCACCCAAUGCUCAGCCCAGCUGGAACCCCUUUGGGGAUGAUAACUUCUCCAAGCUAACAGCUGAGGAACUGCUCAACAAAGACUUUGCAAAGCUAUCUGAGACUGCUCAACCAGGGGAGAAGAUCACAGGCUCCAGUGAAAACCUUAUUCCAGGGCUCAAUGCUUUUCCAGAGAAGCUGAUUGAGGGACUGAGGUCCCCUGAAACUUCUCUGCUGCUCCCUGACCUCUUAACCCUGGGUGACCCCUUCAAUAGUUCUGCAGAGAGCUCCACCAAUGCAAAGGCAGAGAUGUGUGUGGAUUCACUGAUCCCUGGUUUGGAAGCCCCCCAGGCCCAGCGACAUUCAGCCCAGCCAGAGCUUAUCCCUGCCAGCAUGCCAGACUCUCUUACUGGGGAGGAUUCUCUGCUGGGUUGCGAUCUCUUAUCUCAUACUCCUCUUCACGGAAACCAGUCUGUUUCUGCUCUUCCCUCCUCCUCCUCGUCCUGCUCCUCUGCUCCUCCCGGGUCCGGCUCUGGAUCCUGUCUGGAGGAGCUACCACCUGGUCAGACAGCUUCUGACUCUGCUUUCCUCAUGUCGUGUGGGGAGAAGGGCAAUGACGACGAGUUUGACCCUAUUCCUGUGCUCAUCUCCAAAAACUCACAUCAAGAUCUGCAGGGGGAGAGCAAUGGCUACUCUGUGCUUGGGGAGGGACAAGAGACUGAACCUCUAGAAGGAGAUCCUCAAAUAAACGAGGGCUGUGUGCACUCCAGUGAUGAAGAGGAGGAGAAAGAAGUCCAGAAAGAAGAGCAGCAGGAUGUGGGGACCAUUGACAGUCAUGUAGCAGCCCAUGACUGCAGCGGCUCCAGACCUCUGCUGCUGGACUCCGAGGAUGAAGAGGAGCAAGGACCUCAGUUAGCCCUCCACUCAUCACAGCAAUCCAGCACAGUACCAACACAACCAACAACUACCUUCCAUCAACCUACUCCAAGCCCCUUUGCUCAGAAUCAUUCCCAGCAUGUACCCGAGCCAGCAAAGGGGACAGAUCUUGCUGCAGAUGUCUUCUCUAAAGCCCCCUUUCGGAUUGCGCAAGAGGAGGCGGGUGACGUGUUUGCCAAUGCACCGUUUCCACGCGCCCCCAUUGCAGCUGAGCAGCAGCUUGAUGUAUUCUCUCAGGCUCCCUUCGGAAAAAGAAAGGAGGCUACCGGAGCUCAGCCCAAGACCUCCUACCCGCAUGCAGCGGGGGUUCAUGUUGUAACCCCCGAUCAAGGCGUGUUGGGACAGGUUCCCCCUCAACCAUUCCGCCCUCAAUCCCUGGCCAAAUAUUCCCGACACUUUGAAGGACCCGUUCCCCAGCAGCUGGUAGCAGCUCACAGAGUAGUGUCUACUGUGAGCAGGCAAGCUGCUGUGGAAUCAGUCCCUGUUGGACCUCUUCACUCAUGGACGUCAGAAGUGAGUGCUGUAGACCCCUUUGUCUCUGCACCCUUCCACCUGAAGGCACCGCAAGAAAAGCCCUGAAUGCACACUCUGAGGUCAGGGCAGCGGGUAUCGGCGUCACUGAAUUAUGCAAACUAUAUCAGGCAUACUGCAUGCUGACACCAACGCUGCAGCUGGACUGCAGGCCUGCAUGAAUCUCCAUCUCAACCGGCUCCAAUUAGAUCUGAUGGUGCAAAGUCAGAGCAAGAAAACUGACAUCCUUCUCAGACUCCUAGUCACUUUUUAUUUUUCCUGUCACAUCCUUUUACCUUUUUAAUUGUCCUUAAUCCUUUUGGUACGUACAUCUACACAAAGACGAUAUGGAGGUCAAGCAUUUGAUUGUUUUCUUGCCUACCUCAGUUACUUUUUGUGUCAGCGCUAAAAUACCACAAUAGUGAGGGAGUUUGUCUGAGGCUUUGGCAGUUUUAUUUCCUGUAUAUUUGAGCUUUACUGUGAAAUUAUGAUCUGGUAACGCCUCCUUCCUCCAUUAUAUUAGUUCUGAGAAAGAAAAGAUACAGCUUGAAUCAAGGGAUCGUAACUUCACAGAAGCCAGAAAGAGGAAAAGAGUGAAACAGAUCCGCAGUCUCUGAACACUACUGUGAGAGUUUUGUGACUAGAUGUUUGAGAGGAAUUUAUCUGUACUUACAUCAAACAAGAAAUUUGUAAAUGGUUUUACAACUGUGCCCAGAAGGUCAAUAGUUUUGGAAGCUUUAUGCUUGACAGUUUGUUAUAAAGCAGAUGCUGGAUAAUGAUGCAUAGACAUUUCAAAGAUAACAUUCGUUGAUAUGAAAUGGCUUUUUUUUUUUUUUUUCUUCUCAGUCCAAAAUUUUUGUCAUGUGUGUUAUGUUUGUUGUCACUGUCCUGUCUAAUGAAAAUGGAAUAUCGGUCUUUGUUCCAUGUAUUGUACGAGCCUUAUAUAAAUGUUAGGCAUAGAAAAUUCAUAAUAGUAGUUCCUAUAUUACAGAAGAUUCACUUUUUCUUUGUUUCGCCUUACUUUACACAAUCAUAUUUCUGAAGCCUUACACUCUUCCAGUACUUCCCUCCCACCACAUCAACCCUCCUAA